AUGUGGUUUCGAGUUUUUCUCACAAUUAGCAUUAUUGGAAGCGUGGCAGCCGUUCGUUGCUAUAGCGGCAUGCAAGGAUCAGUGAAUGGAGAUUCCAUCGGUCAAAUCGAGAUUGUUGACUGCAACGGGACCGAUUUUUGCGUAAAGCUUCCAUCUCGGGGACAUGUUGGAAGGAAACAUUAUGAGGGGGCCCAAUACAGCUGCGAUUUUGGAGAAUGCCGGAAGGAAACUUGCGAAAAGCGCGACAACGGCGAGACGAUUUGCUGCUGCAAAGAUGACGAAUCUCUUCCACUAUGCAAUCUUUCUCCAACUUUAAGUCAAAGCGCUCUGCGGCUCAGUUUGUUCAUCAUGGCGAGAUCCGCAUUUAACAAAUUCUUCUUGAUUCGUCCAAAUGCGAAGAAACAUUUCAUCAACAGCGACAACAUUGAGUCCUUUGCCAACACCGAGCGCAUGAAAGGUGUCUUUCUAAAAAUGAAUCGGAAUCUUCUUAAAGGACUCGAGGCCUAUUCGGGUGACUUUACUAUGGGCAGCAUAACUGAAGUGCUAAAGAUGUGGGAGGAAUUGGGAAAGGAGCAUCGUGCUAUCACUCCAUUUCUCACUUUGGAGAACUACAUGGCAUUCUUCGAGAUGCUUCCAAAGUUCCUCACUGAUUUUUUGUCAUUUCACCGUAAGAAGGGUCAAUUUACGAUCAAUGAGUAUGAGAAGGUUCACACUGUUUGGAAACAGAUCUUGGACGUAUUGAGACGUCGCUUUGUUAAGGGAUGGAACGAAAGCUUGGCGGCGGAAGCAAUCAAGAAAAACGCUAUUCCGUGUCACAGCGGCGAUACCUUAGUUAAGGAGUACGUUGACAAAAAAAGCGACAAUGACGACUGUGCGAUUUCCGUCCAUGACAUCAGUCUCGACUAA